AUGCAAAAACGCGUCAAAGUCUGCAUAAGAGUGCGGCCCCUCACUUGCAAUAGUGAUACAAACAAGUCAAUUGAAUGUGUCAAUCUUGAUAAUGCCGUUGUCAUCGAUGAAGAACAACAGACUAUUGAUGUUGUAACAGCUUCAGGCAGUGGAACAAGCUUUCGUUUUGAUCAAAUACUCUCACCGGAAGUAGAUCAAGCUAGUGUUUUUCGGUCAGUAGGUCUCGACGUUGUGGACGGAGCCUUACGUGGCUACAAUGGCUGUAUUCUAGCUUAUGGACAGACAGGAGCUGGUAAGACUUUUACAAUAUCUGGAGGAGGUUCACGUCGUCGCUAUGAAAACCGAGGAAUUAUUGCACGUGCUUUAUCUCAAGUAUUUCAACGAGCUCAACAAGACGCAAAUCAUUCCUAUGUGCUACGUAUAUCAUAUCUCGAGAUUUAUAAUGAUCGUCUCAUCGAUUUACUUGCUCCAGAUGAAUCUGAUAAUAAUCGUACAAUGAACGAUCUUGCGAUACAGGAGAAUGCUCGUGGUCAAACCUUUGUCCGAGGUCUCACAAAAACUCUUGUAUCGAGUGAAGAGCAGGCACUAGACCUCGUUUUCCAAGGCGAAACAAACCGUGCAGUGGCUGGACACGCACUCAAUACUGCAUCAACCCGCUCACAUUGCAUUUUCACACUGUAUCUAGAUCGAAAACGAAGUGCUUUGUCCUCCGACUUAUUUGAACAAGAUUGUGGUGGAGAUGAAGCAAUAACAAGUCAUGAAGGCGAAGAUGACGUUGUAUACAGUAAAUUGCAUGUGGUAGACCUAGCAGGUUCAGAGCGAAUGAAGAAAACGAUGGCAGAAGUGGGAUCUACACAGGCUAAUGAAGCAUGUUACAUCAAUAGAUCGCUAACAUUUCUCGAACAGGUUGUGCUUGCGUUGGGUAGUAAACAACGAGUGCAUAUACCAUUUCGUCAAACGCCAUUAACCAAUUUGCUUAAAGAUUCAUUGGGCGGCAAUUGCCGCACACUUCUGAUAGCGUGUAUUUGGCCAGCUUUAACACACGCUGCUCAAAGUCUAGCGACUCUACGAUUCGCAGCAAGAAUGCGUCGACUGAAAACUCGAGCAAUUGUCAAUGUGAUGACUAGCAAUUCUGGCUCAUCAGGGUCUCGAUUGGCAAACGAAGAAAGAAUUGCGUAUCAAAACGAAAUUCGACGGUUGCGAGAAGAACUCGCGCUCUACAAUUCCAUAGCUGGAGGCAAAGAAGAUGAUCAAGAAUCCAACAAAUACAUUCUAGAAAAUGAGAGUUCAAGGCGUCAGCAAGUUACUGCAUUCAUAGCAGAUUCGGAGAAGAUUCCACCAGUGCAGAGUCUUCGCCAAGUACAUCAAUUAAUGCAAACUUUUCGCUUACUUUUUAUUGAGCAGAACCGCUCAGUCAUACCAACAUCAAGUCAUAAAAAAACUGGAGGGACCGAACAAAUACGAGCACUUGAAUGUCACGCAUCGUCUGAGCUUAAGUUGCCGUCACUACCCACUAGCAGUUCCAGCAGCCGCAGCUCUGUCCCUCCUGCAGCUAUUUUACCUUCAAUUUAUCAGAACAACGAACAAGGAAAUGUAUUGCAGCAACAAGAGAAUCGCGUGACAUCCGACAAAGAGCUUUUUAAAAUGUUUAAAAGCAUAGAAGGCAAAAAUCCAGAUACAGAAGCAGUGCGUGAUUUAGAGUUGGCUAAGGUGAAUCUUCGCAUGGCCAAGACACAAUAUACUGAGCUGGUUGCUGCAGUCAACUGUAUCAAAUUGGAAAUUGAUGAGUUUGCAGUGCGACUACAGGAACUGUGCGAUCAUGUCACAGCUGACCAACAGCAUGAGGAAAAUUAUGCUGAUCUUCGCAGUGCGUCUCUUUUAAAGCUACAGGAUGCAAAGAAACGAUAUCGUGCUGCAUUCGAACAGCUUGAAGAGAAGAAAGCGGAAGUGGGAUACUUGAGCAAAAUUAAAGCGCAAAUGUUGCAAUUAGUGGCAGCACGUUUUCAAGCCUGGAAAUUGCAGCAAGAAAAUAUCCUAGAAAGAAAUUAA